UCAUAAGAUCUGAAGUUUCUAGAUAUAUCUUUUGAUAUCGAUAAUUUUAUGAGAGAAUAACAUUCAACAAGUCUCUCGUGCCGGCUCGGAGAAUAAUAAAGGAAAAUUCACCAGAUAAAACAGAAAUCUGUUCUAUCCUUUACUGUUAAAUAAAAAAGGCACGAGUAUAACAUGCUUCUUUUAUUAUUAUAAAAGUUCCAGUGCAUAGAGAACACCUUGUAUUUUCGCAGCGAGAAUCAGCACGCAUUCAAUUAAAGCAUUUCUACAAUGUCAAUUUUGGUGCAUAGCAUUGUAAUGCAUAGAAGCAUUCGCAAGAGUAUCAAGAAAAUAAGACAUUGUAAAAUAAUUCAACAUCCAGCAGAAACACUUCGUUACCGGCAACUUGUUUUGCUAUCUCGUUCCAAAGUCCAUCUCCUACUCCGCAGACCAGAAUUUCUUCACAAAGAGACAACAUAAAAACAGGCAGCCGGAUCACGAUAUCAGUCUCUUCUUUACGGGAGAGUUACUUCUUUGCACGCAGCCACAUUCCUUAUUUUCGCCCUAAAAAUGGCUUGUUCUAAGCCGGUCAUCAAGUAUACACAGACUUUUUCAACUCUUUUCCGUCAACACCUCGUUAACCGGGGUGCAUUUAUAUCUCGCGGCAAAUUCAGUCCAGCGAUAUACAGAUUUUUGGCGAGUGCAGCAGAUUACCAGUCGAAAGUUAAUCCUUCGCAGAAGCUUUUCAUUGAUAAUGAAUUCGUCGACUCGGUAAGCGGUAAGAAGUUCCCCACGAUCAAUCCAGCCACUGGCGGAGUGAUUGCAGAAGUCUCUGAAGGAGAUAAGGCUGAUGUGGACAAAGCCGUUGCGGCCGCAAAGCGAGCUUUUCAUCGUGACUCGCCAUGGCGUACUAUGAAUCCAUCGGCGCGUGGAAGGCUCAUGAACAAGUUGGCCGACCUUAUGGAGCGCGAAAUCGAUCACUUGGCCAGUAUCGAGACACUCGACAAUGGAAAAACUUUCGAAAGCUCGAAAGGUGAUAUAGGCGCAAGCUGCGGUGUAUUGCGUUAUUAUGCAGGAUGGUGCGAUAAAAUACACGGACAGACAAUUCCAGCUGAUAAUGGUUUCUUUUCGAUGACUCGAAAGGAGCCAGUCGGUGUAGUAGGUCAAAUUAUACCAUGGAACUACCCGAUUAUGAUGACGGCUUGGAAAUGGGGACCCGCUCUAGCCGCUGGAUGUACGAUUGUCCUUAAACCCGCCGAACAGACUCCUUUAUCAGUUCUAGCUCUAGCAGCACUUGUUAAAGAAGCGGGUUUUCCACCUGGGGUAAUUAACAUCGUUCCAGGAUAUGGGCCUACAGCUGGUGCAGCUAUUGCUGAGCACAUGGAUGUGAACAAAGUUGCAUUCACUGGCUCUACGGAGAUUGGACAUUUAAUUAUGCAAGCUGCUGGAAAAUCUAAUCUUAAGCGAGUCAGUCUUGAACUUGGAGGAAAAAGCCCUAUAGUAGUUUACGAUGAUGCAAACAUUAAAGAGGCUGCAGAUAUCGCUUACCAUGCCUUAUUCGAUAAUCAUGGACAAAGUUGCUGUGCAGGUUCACGUACCUUUGUUCAUGCUAAAGUAUAUGAUAAAUUUGUUCAAGAAGCCAAACAAUUAGUUGCAAAUAGAAAAGUGGGAGAUCCAUUCGAUAAGAAUACUGAUCAAGGACCACAAAUUGAUCAAGAUAUGUUUGACAAAGUAAUGGGUUUGAUUGAUUCAGGUAAAAACGAUGGAGCAAAACUUGUUAUAGGUGGUAGCCGAGCAGGAAAUGUUGGAUUCUUCAUACAGCCUACUAUAUUUGCUAAUGUUGAAGAUAAUAUGAGGAUUGCUAAAGAAGAAAUAUUUGGACCAGUUCAGUCAAUUAUAAAAUUCAACAACGAAGAAGAGUUAAUCGAGAGAGCUAAUAAGACAUCAUAUGGUUUGGCGGCUGCCAUUAUUACUCAAGAUAUUGAUAGAGCCUUAAACUUUGCCAAGUCAGUUGAAGCUGGAAGCGUCUGGAUAAAUGGAUAUGAUCUCAUUACUGCUCAUACUCCGUUUGGUGGCUACAAGAUGUCUGGAAUUGGUCGUGAAUUGGGCGAGGAAGGUCUUCAUGAGUACCUUGAAACAAAAACUAUUUCCAUUCGUACACCAUCUGUUUAAGAAUUAUUAAUUUAAAAUUAUAAAACUUUUUACAUGUGAAGUUUAAAAAACAGUUGAGAAAUAAAU